CUCGAAUCAAUCAGAAUAAUAGGUAAACCCGAUUACCAUUUGUGUCUCGCACUUUGCGUUCCGCACACCCAAAAACUUGCAACCUUCAAUCUGUCAAUCCGCCCGUCCCUCGCUACAAAACUUGCUCGGAAUCCGCGCCCUCGAGGCAUUAAGUUGCACUAUUCCACAGCACCCGCUGACUCCGAUCCGACUCUUGACAGCACGCCCUUUGUUUCCUCAUAACUGCAGUGCGACCACGACGACAAACACGCACCGCAAUCACCAAGCCGGCCAGCGGACCUCUGUGCCCCUUGAUGUCUGAGAAUCCGCCACAUCGCCCGAGGCAGUCUGCCGGCGACCUUGUCCGAUCCAUUCUCGAUGACCGCCCCCGUCCCGAAGAAGAAGUCAGCCCCACUGGAGAGCUGUUUCGCGUCAUAGAACGCUUCCACGAGAGCGUCGACAGGGCCCGACGCACCAUACACGACCUCACUCUGGCCACUAGCGGCGGCGGCAAUCCUUCGAACCAUCCCGGCGGCUCGGCCAGUCUUCAUUUGCAGCGCAGGUUCUCGCAGGAACCGACCAGUCGAGACUCUCCCUCCGGCACCGCUUCCCCGCCCUCGCUGCCGCCUCUGCGAUACUACAUUUCCCGACGAAACCCGAACAUGCCCAGCGGGAGCCGUCAGCGAUAUAGACCUGGCGGCACUGACAGACACCGGGCGUCAGCUUCCAGCAACCCGACGUCAUCGAAUUUGGGCGGCACCGCAAGCUCGGCUUUUGCCGAACUGGAGCUCAGGCUUGACAGCGCCAACUCUCGACUACGAUCUAUAUUGGACCUGAACCCUAGCCCUGUGUUUUCCCAGCCAUCACCACCUCUCAUGUCAACCUCAGACCACACGCAGGACUCUCUCGAGGGUAACCGCCGCGUAAAACGCCGGAAGCUCGAGGCCUCCAGCCCUGCGCCGCCCUCCCAGGCUCUUAGGUAUGGGCGCUAUGGGCAGGUUGAGUCUGGACAGCUGAUCAUGGAGAUUGUGAGCUGCGAUGGGGGCAACUAUACGGAAGGGAUGACCUCAUAUGCAGCCGAAAACAUUCUAAAGGAUGACACCUCUGUUUACUGCACAAAGGGAAGCAGGUGUAAUAUUGUUCUUCAGCACCAGGGUGCGACAGUCUUCAGCCUCAAGGAACUCGUGAUCAAGGCGCCGGGUAUAAAUUACUCAUCGCCUGUUCGUGAGGGGAUGGUCUUCGUGUCGAUGGAAAGAGACGAACUGCUCACCCGGACAGCACAAUAUCAAAUUCAGUAUGGCCGUGCCAAGAACCAAGAUCGGCAGGGCUCCGAUAGGGAUGGACGUGUACAUGCGCCCGUAUUUUCGAUUAGGCACGGUGAGGACGGGGCUCCGGCCACGAGGAUAUCUGGGAGGCGCAGGGUGAUGAGCAUUAUGGAUGAUCAGGAAGAACGCAUGGCUGCACAGAUACCUUCGGAAUUCACUGUGGCACCGCCGCCGUUCAGAGUCACAACAGAAUGCAGCGAAGACGAAGACGACAGCAUCCCAGUCAACAUUCGCCAUCGCCGGCGCACGCCGAACCGAAUCGGAUCUCUACCGUUCGAGAGCGAUAACAGCGACGAUUGGGGACAGAUGGAUGAUUCGGCUCUUGGCGACGUGGAUAUCAGCUUUGGCACUGAACGGGGCGACAGCAUGACCCUGCAGGAGGCCAUCGAGGCAAAUCAGCUGGCGACACAGGAGGCUGUGCGGGCAGUGGGCGGUACCAUGAUGGCGCCACACGCUCGCUUCUUUAUCGAGAAGGACAAGAGCAAAUGCACCAUACGAUUUGAUCCUCCAGUUUCUGGCAGAUUUAUUUUGCUCAAGAUGUGGAGUCCGCAUCUUGAGUCUGGAAAUAUUGACAUUCAAGCGGUUGUAGCCAAGGGGUUCGCCGGCCCCCGCUUUAUACCUUCGGUUGAUUUAUUGUGACCGCAGAUGGUCUUAACGUUGGUCAAUAUCAUUUUUUAUUCAACUACGGCAAUAAUUGCAUGUAUGUUUUGGGACUAGGCGGUGCCGCGCCUAGUUUCCUUUAUUCUCUUCUUGUUUUUCUCUUGUACAAAGUAGCAUAAGGCAAGGGCGUAUAGGCGUAGGUAAUUUGAGGGGGGAAUGGCCCAAAGAAGUCGUUUGUACGGACGGAUUUCAGCACUCCUUGGGGUUUUGUUGUAUCAUCAGCAGAUAUGCUAUUUGCGAAAAAAAAAAUAGAAAUAAAAAACAAAAAAAAAAAAAUUAUGCUU